AUUCUUGACUUCUUUCAUAUUACAAAUAAAAUGGCCGAUGAAAGAAGUAAUCUCAUUUUGGAGCAAGAGGCCUUUUGAAUUUUAUGACCCUUUACAUGAUACGACAUACAUUAUGGAGUUUCCUGAAAUGGCAGGCAUGACUGUUUAUUACUCUAAAGAUGGUUGGUUACUUAUGUGCAACGGUCACUCGUCUGAGAUGUUCUUCUUCAACCCAUUUACUCGUAAGCUCAUAAAUUUGCCUAUUUGUGAGACUUCUAACAAAUCUGCUGUUUUCACUAGCGCUCCUACUUCCGAUGAUUGCUUGGUUUUUGGGUUGGCAAACAUCAAAAACGACAACAAUCUUAUCGCCAUCAAUACUUUAAAAGUCGGUGAAACCAACUGGAAGACUACUCGUUUCGUCAGUCCUGAAGAUUUCUUUACUUAUCACAACAGAAUUAUCUUUUCGGAAGGUCUUUUCUAUUGUCUUGGUGGGUUAGGCACCUUAGCGGUUUUCGACCCAUCAAGACAAACAUGGGACAUUCAUCAGUUGAGACGUUUUUCAACCUCGUGGUUCGGAACCUACUUGGUAGAUAUUGAAGGAGACAUUUUUCUCCUAAAAGUAUCUAGUGAUUAUCUACGAGGGUAUGCACUAAACCGUAAUGGUGAUUGGACAUGGGAAGACAAGGAUAAAUUUGAUGAAGGGUUGACAAUUUUUGGGGAUUUUCGUGCAUGCAAGUGGAGAUCAGGUCUCAUGAGCAACAUGAGAAACAAAGUUUCUUCACCCGGUGAUUCAAACUUAUGUUUCUGAUGAAGGAAAGUAUCUCCCAAGUAACUCAUGUACUCUUUCUUGGGAUGAGAAAAAGAAUGUUCAGAGUGUUUGGAUUGAACCACCAAAACAAAUCUUACAUUUUCUCUGAAACAGUUGAUGAACGUAACUUUCCAAGACUUUUGGACUACAAAAGCUGUUCUUUUCAUUUUCCAUUAUCAUGUCUUCUUUGUUUUGGGUUUACUGUUUCAAAUUUAAUCAUAUAUCUCGUGUGAUAUAUUAUGGAUCUCUGUUUUUUUCUUUAAAUCAAAUAAAAGUAUUUGGAAUUU